CAACGAGUAUGCACACGUCCCAGGUGCGUGAACGCAACCAAAUGUCUGGGCCUGGUGGUGGUUGCGAGGCUGCCAAUGGUCGGCCGCCGAGAAGCGGUGCUGGACCGGUGGGGGCUGCGACUGGCAGCGGCUGGUCGGCUGGGGCAAAGUACAAUCUGGCUGGAGUGCUGCUGGUCCUUCUAGGCUUUGUAUUCUUCCUCGCCUCGCCGGUCGACGAGAGGCCCUCGGUCCUCGGCUCGCAGCCAGAGGUUGCUGGUGGGCUGGGCGAGAUCGUGGCCGGCGUGCUGGGAGCAACAGGCGCACACUCGGCGAGGAUUGCGGCAGGUAUGGACUCGAUUGUUCUUGAUCUGCGUGGAGAUGUGAAGCCGGUGGUGGAGCUGGUCGCCAGCGGCGUCGGCGUCGGCACAGCCAGGCACUCUGCUCUCGAUCUCUCGCAUCUCCGGCUGGUGGCGGUGGCGGGCGCAGACGCUGGUGCUGCGGUUGCGAGUAGCGUUGAUGUCGCCAUCCACGAGUGUGAGGGCGACGAGUGCAUGGUGGUGGCCAAGACUCGGUCCGGCCUCGGCCUGGUGGUGGCCGAUGUGCCGCCAAGGACGCUCUCGCACUGGACGCGCGGAAUGUGCGAGGCUGCCGACGUCGCGCUGGCGCUCAUUGUCGUUCGGCCGGACCAACUGCCGCUGCUGACCAACAUACUCUCGCACGACUCCAAGUGCUGGAAUGCAAAGGUGGCGGUGGCCGGCAAGCUCUCGGCGUCUGCGCUCGGUCCGCAGUGGCGGCAGACCGAGCUCACGCCGCAGACCCAUGGUAGGAGCCCGUGGACGAUCUUCCGCGCCCAUGGCAUGCAGAGCGGGACCCACUCAAGCACGGGCAGUGGACCAGCGUCCAGCUCGGCCAGCAUGGGCGGCAGCCGCUACGGAUCAAGCUCGGAAGGGUGGACGAGCAAGGGUAGUGGGAAGACGACCGGAGGCGGAAAGGGUAAGCCCGGCAAGACGAGUUCCGGCGGAAACGCUGGCAGGCUCAAGCCCAAACCGCGCCCUUACAAGCACAUGUACAAGGAUCUUGUGUUCUGGUCCAACGACUUUCACAUCUCGCCGACGAAGGAUGUCAAGCACCUGUUUGCCGAGUGGGGCAUCAAGGUGAUCGAAAAGUCACUCUCGGGCCACUGCCACAUGACCGGCUCAUGCGCGAGCGACCUCAAGGUGCUGAGCAAGCACAACGGGAUGAACCUCAACGGCGGCGACGGGCUCAAGGCCAAGUUCUUCGACGCGUACAAGGCCGAUCCGAUCAUGGCCUCGGUCGACGCCUUCCUCUGCUUCCACCCGUCGUCAAUGUGCGAGCUUUUCAUGCCGUUCAACAAGUCGCUCAUUGUGGCGCCGUCGACCCGGUUUGAGCUCGGGCGUGAAGAGCCUGGGGCGUGGACAGCGUGGAUCAAGAACGUGCGCCGGAUCGCGAGCAAGAAGCAGCACCGGAUCAUCUCGAACAACGCGUACGAUGCCGAGUAUGUCAAGUACUUUACCGGGCUCGACGAGGUCAAGAUCCUCCCGUCGUUCUGCAACUACACCGGCGUCAUGUAUGCGCCCGAGCCCACCACCCAUCCGGAGCUGCUGUCCGGCAAAAUCCUGCAGGGCGCCGAGAUGGUGCGGGCGGAGAUUGCGGCUGCCAACAAGCGGGCCGGGACCUCGGUGGUGAUCAAGGACGUGCGCGAGGUGUACCCUGGCCACUACGAGUACGCAGACCUGGUCAAGCAUCCAGCGCUGGUGUAUCCGGCACCGUACCAGCUGUCGACCAUGUCAAUCUUCGAGGCGGCGCGGAUGGCCAUGCCCAUGUUCUUCCCGUCAGUCAAGUUCCUCGUCGAUCUCGACCUCCAGCACGGCGUGGUCAACCAGCGGACGUUCAAGCGGGUGUACACCGGGCAGCGCGAGGCCAAGUCAGACGUCGCGCGGCAUCCGCAGUACACUGGGACUCACUACGACCCCAACGACGAGGUGACGCGCGAAGCCAUGGAGUACUGGUUCCAGUAUGGCGACUUUUACCAGUGGCCCAACAUUGUGCACUACGACUCGUGGGACGACCUCAUUGCCAAGAUCGAGUCGACCGAUCUCGACGCCGUCUCCGCAGCCAUGCGCAAGGACAACGAGCGCGUCCUUUUCCAGCUCAAGGAGGACUGGAUGGAUAUCUUUGACGCCAUCAUCGAGGCCCGCGGCGGCGACGCCAAGGCCGCCAUUCCGCAGGGCUCUUGGAGCGAGGCCAUGAAUGCGCUUUGGGGUUAGCCUCUCGAACCGAUCCUCAAUGUGAACAGUGCAAAACGUAACUAAGCCCUCUCCCC